GGCGCAAUUCCGAGUACCAGUUCAACUUUAGCACAUCGUAGUUUCAUUACCUUGAACCAGAAAUAUAUAUAAAGAAUCUUGAUUGCACACUCCAAUUGAAUGAGAGGCGAAGAAUGGAUCAAUCACAGAAUCAGCGACCAGCUACAUCGACAACACCUUCACGUUCUCUCCAGUUCCACCCUGCUCGUGGCCCCAUUCUCGAUCUCUUUAACCUCUACUUAGGACUCGGCCGAAAUAGCCGCAACAAACCCGAAGAGUCACUUCGUGAACCACCGAACAAGACCCAGAAACGUGUACACGCACUUAAUCGGGAGCUUCCUCCACCAAAUGAGCAAUUCAUUCUAGAUUUUGAGCAACUCCAGAGCCAGUUUCCUGACCAAGAUCAAUUACGCUCUGUUACAGAAGCAAUUCUUAUAUCGCUUGUAGUGCAGUGUAGUGGCCAUGGCCCAAGGGCAGACUUUCUUCUUUUUGUUUUACGGAGCUUGUGUGGUAUUGGAUGCAUUAACUGGGACUCGCUUCUCCAGUCCCUUCUUUCUUCGGUUUCUUCUGCAGAGUUGCCCGUUGGUCAGCCGAGUCAAGCAGUGCCAACUGUUUCCUCAUCGAGCUUAUCACAGACGGGAAUGCUGCCACCUCCAAGCACGAUUGCUAAUUCUUCUAAUUUUCAGUCUUCAAAUCCUGCAUCUCCUUUGACAUCUGUUCAUGCUAUUGGCUCCCCUGCUCAGUCAACUAUUGAACCAUUAUCAUGUGCAGCUAUGUCUCCUGUCAAAUCAUCUGAUAUUUCCUCUGCUGGUCAACAAUCUAAACUAAGAGGUGGUUCAUCUGUUAGAAAUAAUGAUAUCAGUAAUAGUAGCCUUCGUCAGCUAUGUUGCAAGAUUAUUUUAAUUGGUCUUGAGUUCAGUUUAAAACCACUGACUUAUGCGGAAAUCUUCAACCAUAUGCUAAAUUGGUUGGUGAAUUGGGACCAGAGGCAACAGGGAAUCAAUGAAUCUGAUGUUAUAAAAUCAUGGAGACCUGACAAAGCUGUGAUUGCGUGGCUACACAGUUGUUUGGAUGUGAUUUGGCUUUUAGUUGAUGAGGGAAAAUGUCGGGUACCCUUUUAUGAAUUGUUACGUAGUGAUUUGCAAUUCAUAGAGAAUAUUCCUGAUGAUGAAGCAUUGUUUACUCUAAUCUUGGAGAUCCAUAGGAGACGAGAUAUGAUGGCUAUGCACAUGCAAAUGUUAGAUCAGCAUCUUCAUUGCCCUACAUUUGGGACUCAUCGGAUCCUGAGUCAGACGACACCUACUGUUUCAGGUGAAGCUGCAACCCACAUGCGACUAUCACCAAUUACAUAUUCAAGUGUACUUGGAGAACCAUUGCAUGGAGAGGAUAUCGCAACCUCUAUUCAGAAGGGAAGUUUGGACUGGGAGAGAGCGGUACGUUGUAUAAGGCAUGCUCUUCGUACUACACCAUCACCUGAUUGGUGGAGACGUGUGCUGGUGUUGGCGCCUUGCUAUAGGCUUUCAUCUCCAGUGCCAACGGCUGGUGCUGUUUUUUCUUCAGAGAUGAUCUGUGAAGCAACUAUUGAUAGAAUUGUUGAACUAUUGAAAAUGACAAAUUCAGAGAUAAAUUGCUGGCAGGAUUGGUUGGUCUUCUCUGAUAUAUUCUAUUUUCUUAUUAAAAGUGGGUGCAUUGAUUUUGUUGAUUUUGUGGACAAGCUGGUUUCACGACUUACAGAGGGUGAUCAUCAUAUACUUAAGACCAAUCAUGUGACCUGGUUGCUUGCACAGAUAAUUCGAAUUGAGCAAGUUAUGAAUGCUUUGAACACUGAUCCUAGAAAGGAUAUCCUAAUUGCUCAUGAAUCAUCAUUGGAGAAAUGGUAGAUACACAUACAAGUGUUGAUGGAGAGAGAUGGUAGAGGCCAUGUGGCUGACGUCUGAUGCCAAUUGUUGGUCUCAAUAUCCAAACCUGCAAGGUGUUAGUAUUUAUAGUGAAUUUGAGUUUAAUGUUUUUGAAUAUU